UUUCACGGAGGUCCCUGAAGGCGGCCGUAGAGGACGGAAGGAACCCUGGCAACGCUGCUGUCACAAAGCUAACGUUUAUCCGCUAAGCCUCUGAAUGCACCAUCUUUGUCAACAUGCACUUAACUGUGUAUCAACCAUCUAAUCUCUACCUCAUACCAUCCUCUUAACAAAUUCACUAUGGCACUUUUUAACGAGCCAAGCUAGCAGACGUCUUUCUCCUUCGUCGUAUAGCACUUACACCAGCUAACCAGAACUAGCUGUUUGUUAGCUUGGGUGAAUAUGGCGAUUGUGUCUGGAUCCUGUGCCAGGGUAAACGGGUCUAGAAAUGGGCCGACAGUUUCGGCUACUCCUUCUGGAUCCGUGGGUCAAUCUCAGCCCAUGAUAGCGGUGUGGGAAUGGCAGGAUGACCUGGGCUAUUGGAGGCCUUAUAGCGGACAGGUGAGCGCCCACAUUGAGCGGUGUUUGUCUACGAGGAACCAGCGAGGAGCAGCAGGAGGAGGAGCAGCCGGAUCAACGAGCAUCUGCCUCGGACAAUCAGACCCCAGCCUGACGCCUUAUCUCAUCGACAUACCGAGCCUGAAGCAGUUUCGACAGGACACAGGAAAGACACGGUCAGUGCGUCGCUCCCUGUUCGCCCAGUCCUCAGGCCUGGGCAGUGGUGUUUACUGGGAAUGGCUGAACGAUGAGGGGGGAUGGACUCCAUACGAGACUCGCACCUCCAUCCUCCUGGAGCACAGCUACCAGGCCCGCCAAGGCACGGCGGACCUGGGCCCGCACGGAUACAACUACAUAGUUGACCUCACGUCUCUGGCCCAGGUGAACAAAGCGAGCGGCUUCAGACGGCAGGUGCGACGGCAGUGUAACCUCCCGUACCCCCUGGCCUCUUCCGGACCCCCGGCCAUCCCCUCCUCCGGCGCGGCCUGCUCCUGCCAGCAGUGUUUGAGCCACAGCAGCACAGGACCCAUGCCCAGCCGCUCACGACAUUCCUUUUCAUCAGGCAGUCUGAACCGGCCCAUUCUUCAGGCCACAGGGAGGGCUGUGGCGGCCCACCCCACCUCUGUGUACUCCCCGUACCCGAGGAGACCCCUCUCUGUGGGGGGGAUGUCCUGGGGCAGCCCCUGGCCUCCACCAGCCUCUGGAAGUCAACUGUCUGCGCCGCUUCUGCCCAGCUCGGCCAGUGCCAACGGGUUAAGCGUCCCCUCCAUCUCUGUGCAGCUGAACGGAUCCACCAGUGUGAGCUCCGCCCUGGCAGGUAAACGGGUCACCGACCAUCCGUACCUCCCCCGCUCUGUUCUGCAGCGCGCUCUAGAGUCAGUCGCUGGUUUCAAUCAGUGAGAGUGUGUUUGGUUUACGUGUGUUUUCCCUCAGCAUUGCUCUUGUGAGUGAAAGUCUGUUUAAGAACAGAAUGCCACACAAAACGCUGGAAUAAGAAGUUGCUGCAGCCGCAUUAAAAGAAACACCUUCGUGGCUCGACUUGUAAUCCAGAGACGUGCCAAACCUGAGAAUCUGACAAAAAAAAAAAAUUGUAUUUAUAAUAAGAUUUUAACUAAUCUAUGCAUUUCUGGAGGA